CCAAUAGCUAAACCAAACCUAUAAAUUUGGAAUCAAAAACGGUGGGGAGAGAGAGAAAAUGUGCUAGAACGAAGUAGUAAUCUAGGCCCUAGGGUUUUCUAUUCGAUUCUUCAACCAAAAAUCUUUGCAAUUUUGAAGAAUCUCCCUAAUGUCCCUUCUUCUGCAAUCUUUACGGAAACGUCAUCCAUUUCUUCAUCUUCAACCUCUUCUUCCUUAUAAACUUCCCUCACUAAAUUCACAUACAAUGCUCCAAUUCUUCUUUCUCCUCUUUCAGAAUUCACUUCGAUCGGAAUUGAAAUGGCUGCUCCUGAAGUAGACAAAAAGUUGCUGGAAAAUCUGGAAGAAAUGGGAUUUUCACUUGCUUGUGCAACACGGGCACUUCACUAUUCUGGAAAUACCACUCUGGAAGAUGCUAUUAAUUGGAUCGUUGAUCACGAGAAUGACUCGGAUAUUGACCAGUUUCCUCUGGUACCAGUGGACAUUGAUUUGGAUGCUCAUAAACCAUUUCUUAUCACAGAGGAAAUGAAGAUCAAGGCCCAAAAACUAAGACACAUAGCCAACCAACUGAGCAAAGAGAAAAAGAAGGAGCUGGAAAGAGAGGAGGAAAAGAAGAGAAUUCAAGCGGGGAAGAGAAUUUUUGAGGCAAAGCAAAUUGCAGAAGAAAAUGCAAGAAAAAGAAUGAAAGCUUCAAGAAAUGCAGAUAAAGAGGAGGAAAUAAAAGCCAGGGAGAGAAUACGUCAAAAGCUAGAAGCAGAUAAGGCAGAGCGAAGGUCAAUGCUUGGAAUACAGCCUGCUUCGUCAUUAUCAAUGCAGCCUGCAUUUCAUGCGGUACAGGAAAAACCAGAAAAGGCAGCAAAGCCUGUGAAAUCUACUAAAAAGGCAGAGCUUCUGAGUGACUGUUUACGAUGUCUAAGGCGUUACCAUAAGGACGAGGAUGCCAGAGUAAAGAAGGCUUUCCAAACUCUCCAAAUAUACAUUAGAAAUGUCAUGAACAAUCCUGACGUGGAAAAAUUCAGGAAUCUACGGAUCAAUAACUCAGUUUUCCAGGAAAGAAUCGGCAGUCUGACUGGAGGUGUCAGGUUUCUGGAACUUUGUGGGUUUGAAAGGACGAAUCAGGGGCAGUUCUUGUAUCUACCUAGGGAAAAGGUUGACAUGGAAACACUAAAUUCAGCGAUGUCUGUAUUACACUCUGCAAUGACCAAUCCUUUUUUUGGAAUGCUCUCUGUUCAACAACCUUGAAGUCCAUGGAGUAUGGACAAGGAUGAUCAAGACAGAUAAUAGCAGAACAAGGAUGAUCAAGACAGAAAAUCUUGAAACUUUACACACACAAAAUAUAGCCGUAGUGGUUGUGGGAUAAGCUGUAUGUAACCAAGAGUGAAUAUACGUAAACGGCUUGUGUCACGAAUUUGUGCUUGUCUAUUCUGGAAGCGUGGAAAGAAAGGUGUAGCUUCUUUGUACAAAAACUUUUGUUCUUUUCUACUUUUCUAACUUAUCUGACAUUUAUCUCUCAUAUACAUCAGUUUUUGGUGAUUUAUCUAGUUACACUAGUAGCAAUAGAUUGUACAAUAGAAAUGCAUAGUUGACUAUUUGUAUGACAUUGUUAUAAUACAUAACAUAAAGGA